AUGAAUAAAAGGAACAGCCUAAAUGUAAAGGUUUCAACUCCUGAAGAGAAUGACAUUAAUUCCAGCUACGGCUUGAGUUCCAAGACUGGCAAACCUGUUCGGAAGGCGUUCGAAGGCCGAGAAGGGGGAAAGAGGCAAUCUUUCUAUCGUCUUCGCCCAAGAAAUCAUCAGCUCUUCUCUCUAUCUUCAAUCUCGAUGCGGUUUGCUGGUCGUUGCGUUGAAUCGAAGCCGUCCUCCUACUUCGAUUUGCUGAAACGCAAGGGAGUGGAUGCAUCGGUGGUGGAUAAAUUGAAAGACUGCGUUCCACCAUUGGAGACUGCUCUAAAUUCCUCUAUUAAGGAAAAUAACGCUUUUGUCAGAGAUGUCUUGGUGGGCAAGGCAAGAAUCGAUUUGCAGUCGCAAUUGACCUGGAACCACAUGGAUAUAGUCUUGAAGCAUAUCGUUUCAUGUAAUCUUUCCCGGUUAGUAGUUUGCUGUGGCACACCUUGUGACCAUCAGUUGCAGGCCUACUUGAUAACCUUCGUUCCAAUGGCACAUUUUUUAAAAAUGGUAUUCAAUGAAAUUAUUGAUGGGCAGAGAUGUCUGCAACAUGUUAUAUUUUCAAUGAAUUGGGCAACCUUACGACCACUUCUGAUUUUCAACAAAAGUUGGUGAAGUGGCGAUGGAUUUAUCACUUUCAAAUUCUGGGUGUUCUGAUUGUGAUGUGUCCAAAUCAUACUUUAGAAUGUUGUGCUAAAUAGUCUCUUGCCAUUGUUGAACAAUAUGAUUACCUCAAAAUUUCUGUGUAUAUCUAUUUGAUAAAAAACAGAUAAUUAAGUGUGGGCAAGGUUUCUGUGUUUGAUUCA